AUGCGAGAUUUAAAGUCCUACGGGGCUCUCUCGUUUGACUGCUACGGAACCCUCGUCGAUUGGGAAGGCGGCAUCAUCAAGGCUCUUACACCGCUCACAAAACACCUAUGCCCCAACACCGCCACUACAUACGACCGGCAAGCCCUUCUCACUCUAUACGCCGCCUGUGAAGGCCGCAUCCAGAGACAAUACCCGAAGAUGAAAUACCCCUCCAUCCUAGAACAAGUAUACGACGAGCUAGCCAAGGAAAUGGACCUCCAGGAACACGUUACACCUGAAGAUAGGGCUGCCUUUGGAGCUAGCAUUGGCGCUUGGGAGCCAUUCCCAGACACCAUUGCCGCCCUGCACCAGUUGAGCAAGCACUUCAAACUUGUCAUUUUAUCCAACGUAGACAAGGAGUCCUUUAGCAGGACGCUAGCCGGACCAUUGGCAGGAAUCACAUUUGACGCGGUUUAUGUGGCGGAAGAAAUUGGCUCUUAUAAGCCCAGUCUCAAUAACUUUGACUAUCUAGCUAAGCGUUGCGAGUUGGAUUUACAAGUUCCCAAACACAAGAUUUUACAGACGGCCUACGCUUUAUUUCAUGACCUGACGCCUGCAAAGAAGUACGGUCUGGACGUUUGCCUAAUCGAACGGAAGCCGAACGUUAUGGGCGGCGAGGUGGAGAAUUUGGAGGACGGCAUUACGUUGGAUUUCACGUUUCCCACGCUGAGAGAGAUGGUGGAUGCUGUUGCAUAA